GUGCCAUCUAAUGCAAUAUUGCCCCCGCCACCCCCUCCCUUGUUUGGAUCUGGUGCAUCGAAUGCCGGCCAGAAGGAUUUCUUUUCACGAUACGAGACAGAUGCAGCCAAAGGCUCAAAUCCUCCUCUGUUUUCUGUACGAGGAUUGUCAAAGCCGUCGGGCUCAGAGGGCAUGAGAACAGCCGUAACUGAAUUGAAAGGCAAAGAGAAAGAGGAGAAGAAAGGCAACCGGGGGACAAUGGGGCUCGCCAAUCUUGGGAACACAUGCUUCAUGAACUCCGCCGUACAGUGCUUGGCUCACACGGAGGAGCUCGCCGAGUACUUCCUCACUGGUGUGUUCAGGACGGAGAUCAACCGGACAAAUCCGCUAGGAAUGGGUGGACAGAUCGCUGAAGCGUUUGGAGCAUUGAUGAACAGACUCUGGGGACCAGUAACAGCAUCAAAUGGUUCCUAUUCAUCCGGGUCCUCUUACUCUCCUAGGGAGUUCAAGUCUAUCCUGGCCAAGUUUGCUCCACAGUUUUCGGGAUAUAUGCAGCACGAUUCACAGGAGCUAUUGGCAUUCCUUCUCGAUGGGUUGCACGAGGACCUGAAUCGGGUAUUAACAAAACCUUACGUCGAGAAGCCUGAUUGGCCGGGCAAGGGAGGACCCAAGGAGUUAAUCGCCUUCGCGAAGGAAUGUUGGGACGGCUAUCUCAAGCGUAACGACAGUGUCAUUGUGGACCUAUUCCAGGGCCAAUACAAGAGCACCCUUGUCUGCCCUGAGUGCGCUAAGGUCUCCAUUACAUUUGAUCCUUACAUGUAUCUAACGCUGCCCUUGCCUAUCAAUCGGAAGUGGCGAGGAAAGGUUCAUUUCAUCCCCUGGGCAUUGGAUAAACCACGACAGCGGUUAACCCUUGAGCUUCCUAAGGAAGCUGACUUCAAACGCCUCAAGCAGCAUGUCGGUGCUCUUACAGGGGCAGAUCCUACUUGUCUUAUUGCCGCAGAGCCGUACCAGCACGUGUUCUGGAAGUUUUGGGAAGAUGUUGCACCUGUUGGCGAUAUCAACACGGGUAGCGACGAUGUUGCCUUUUACGAGCUUCCCUGCGCUCUAUCUCAGCUGCGUGCAACAAGCACUGAUCGUUCGUCACCAGUGCGCCUUGUGGACUCAGGUUGGAUCCUUGUUUCAAUUUUCCUAUCUGCCAGCAGACCGCGACACAAUCCGGAGUCAAGAUUCGGGUCCAGACGAUAUCUUGCACACGAUAAAUUCCCCCUCAUCGGCCAGCCAUUUGUGCUUGCCUUGACCAGGCAGGAAGCCAGCAGUGAGGAUGUGAUCUACGACAGAAUAGUUCAAAGAGUCAGCCAAAUAACGACCCGGAAAGUGGAGCUGUAUGAUGAUCAGGCCCUUCCCGUGACACCUGCAUUGACGAACAAGGACCAAAUGGCGAACCAGGCCGAAACACCAGAUGUGGACGAUCUGUUUGGUGCUCACGAGAAUGCAGACGCCUCAACGUCCACAUCUGCUGCACAAACCGCCAAUCGCCAGAGUGUCAAGGUGACCAAUGGCCAACAUGCGGACCACCAACGAUCCUGGACUGCACGAAAGGAUAUGUUCAAGAUGCAUAUUUUACAGCAUCUGCGCGACCUAGGAGAAGGACACCUUGUGACCGGGUGGAGUAUAGAGGCUACCAAUCGCAUUGUUGAAUUCGAAGAUCGCAAACAAGACGUUAGUGGAGCAGUUCGGGUGCUCCCAGGUGGUUUCAAAGAAGAGAUUGAAGAGGAGGAGGACUUGGCAGUUCAAGGCAGUGCUGACGACCCGUAUAAACCUCUUCUUAAACAAGGCGAAGCGAUCAUGUGCGAGUGGAACGACGAUGCAGCUCAGUACUUCUUCGAGGAUCCAUAUACUACGUGGGACGAAUUUGAAGAUAUCGUGGAUCCUACUAUCGCGACAUCGGAUGAAGCAGAAAAGACCGCGGGCAAAAAGGGUAUCAGUCUUUAUGACUGCCUGUCUGAGUUUACCCGUGAGGAGCAACUGGGUGAGGACGACCUCUGGUAUUGCCCGCAAUGCAAGAAACAUCAGCAAGCAACGAAGAAAUUUGAGAUAUGGAGCGUACCAGACAUUCUCGUCGUUCACCUGAAGCGUUUCAGCAGCGGUCGACUAUUGCGUGACAAGCUAGACAUGAUGGUUGACUUCCCCCUGGAGGGUUUGGACUUGGAGGGUCGAGUUGAGGAGAAACUAGAGUGGAAGCGUAUGCGAGAAGCAGAAGGCAAGGCUAAUGAGAAGAACGGGGAUCCAGAGGAGGAGCCUAUAACCUACGAUCUCUUCGCGGUUGACGAGCACCUGGGAGGUCUUGGGGGCGGCCACUAUCGGGCUUACGCAAAGAACUACGCAGAUGGACUGUGGUAUCAUUUCGACGACUCCCACGUUACCCAGGCAGAUCCUGCCGCAGCAGUUAACCGUAACGCCUACCUCCUAUUCUACCGUCGACACACAUCACGGCAUCUAGGCGGCAAGACAUGGGGGAAAGUUAUGGCCGUACGCACUGCAGGCCCUGUUGCAGGUGCAGAAGCACCUGAACAACAAGUCAAAUCCAUGAAUCCUUUCCGUGGUACAGACGUCAAGCGGCCAGAGUUCGGGCCGGCCCUCCCGUUUCCCCGUCUAGUGCCCGCCAAAUCUGGAAUGAUCUCACCCGCUUCGUCUGACUCCAGUGAUUCUGGAGAGGGUCCAGGCUACAGCCCUCCCAGUCCACCUCCAUUCGACCUGUCAGGCAAUGAUCAGUUGUUAUUGAACGGUAACCUUGACCUGGAAGAUAACGAUGAUUACAAUGGGCAGCUUAUUGUUCGCGGCGCUGCUCCGAGCCCGUUUGGCGGAUCCACCAGUGCCGAAAUGGGCGACUCAGGGAUUAUCACCCCGGCCGAUUCUGAGAUGGAUAAUGCCGAAGCCAGUGCGUCUUCCGAUCCCUGGGCCGACGAGGAGCCUAGUCAAGCAGGUAGAUAUGCACCUGCAUACGAUGAUGACGACUUGAUCAAAGGAUACCUGCCGACACCCCCAGAUGUUGACAUGAAGAGUGUGGAGGGUGAGAAGGCUCAGCCUAGGAGCAGUGAAUGAUGCAACGUUGGGGCAGGUUCAGCUCGACUUUUGUGCACGCAUACAUAUUUCCUACUUCAUUCUCAUUUUUGUCCAACUGUUCUGUACCGUUUCUUGAUGACAAUC